CAGAGUCUGAAGUUUUAUCAACGAUAGAGGCAAAUAGCUGACUGUAGUUACCUACAUAUUUAUACACAGUGAACUCAUCUAACAUUUAACAGGUGUUUAUACUGUUACAGAUUUUAUAUUGAAACAUGUGGGAAUAUAUUGAGGGUUUUUAGAUAAGGUGUGUUUAUGCUACUUAUGCGAAUUUGUUUGGGGCUGGUUCUGGAAUCGCGACAAAGAGGUAAAUUUCGUAGCAUAGGGGAAAAUUCUCAAAUAUACGAGGCUGUUACAGCGUAGGACUGUGGUAAACGGCUGAUGUAGUUGUAUCAGUACAAUUGUUUUUUUUUGGAGUUCCGUGAUUAUUUUUAAAGUUUAGUUUCACAUCCGUUUCUUGAUCCCGGCGCCAACACAGUUACUUAUAUUCAAAGUUUCCUGUUGUUUAAAUUGGUUGACAUUGUGAAUUAUAUUUUAUGAUUUACACGCACCGUUAUAGUGCUCCAUUUAUACUGUGUGUUUAAUAUAAACAUUAAAAGGUAAAUUUAUAUUCUUAAGGAUUGUAAGGCCUGCUGUGUUUCAUGUUCGUUUCCUACCACAGACUUUUGUAUUAGCAGUGUUAUACGUGUAUCAUAACGCGUUACACUUCAUUUACAUUCAUUAAAAGGACAAGUGAAGUAUACCAUCCCAAACGUAUCUUGAUCGAAUCUUUAUAUACAGACAUUUGAUAUUGAGACCGUCAUGCACCCUGAGUUUGUACAAAGGUAGAAAAAGUAUUUUCCAUAGAAAAGAAUUGUUGUUUGAAAUUUUGAUCACAGUUUUCCCGUUGUCGUUCAAAUCAACAAUCAAGAUGGGUAACAAGUGCAGUAGUCGUAAACAGAAACCGAAAUCAACCCACGAACUCAACAUGGAAGCUCGUAUGGAGCUGGUCAAUACAAAGGAAAACGAAGUUAAAUUCGACGAUAACCUUUGUGCAAAUGACUGUAUGGAUGCUUCGGUAUCUAAAGAAAAAAAUAUUACUUUACGCCAAGCAGCUUUACGCAAUCGGUCCAUAUCAUGUCUUACAGAGACUGACCAUCUAGCAAUUGCCACAGAUCCAAAGGAUUUUGUAUUUGAUUUUGAAAAUCUUGUUCUUGAAGGAGGAGGAAAUAAAGGCCUGGCUUACUGUGGAGCUAUAAAAUACCUUCACGAAGUUGGGGUGAUGAAAAACAUCAAACGAAUCGCGGGAGCUAGUGCGGGCGCCAUGACAGCUGCUUUGAUAACAGUAGGAUAUAAUCCAGAAGAAAUUGAGGAUUUUUUGGGAAACAAUAUUUCUGACGUGUUCAUAGAUCACAGUUGUGGCUAUUGCAGUCUUCUACCAAAUCUCAUUUCUGGAUAUGGGUGGAAUCCUGGGAAAAAAAUUUAUAAGUGGUUUGGCGAUAAAAUGCGACUUAAGACGGGCAACCCGGAUGUGACGUUUCAAGAAGUUUAUCAACAAUUCGGAAUAGAGCUAUGUGUUGUUGUAACAAACUUAAGUCUAAUGACUACCGAGUAUUGUCACCCGAAGACUACGCCCAAUAUGGCUGUACGCUUUGCUGUUAGAAUGUCCAUGGCCAUUCCCGGCAUGUUUAGUGCUACUAAAUUCACGUCUUACGGCCAAACGGAUGUAUAUGUUGAUGGUGGCGUCCUCUGCAACUAUCCCAUUCAUUGUUUUGAUGGUUGGUAUCUAUCUAUGGAACCGGGUAACAGUUUUAUAGAAAAGUUACAACCAUUAAGUGAAUUGCCCCGUCUCUAUGAUAAAACAGAGCGAUUCGGAACUUUUAAUUCCAAGACUCUGGGUUUUUUAUUAUUUGCCGAUAAUGAAAGAGACAUAUUAAGAUAUAAUUUAGAAAAUAGAAUUGGAGUUCUGCAGCCAUUAAAACCAUCUUCGUCAACCAAAUUAUUUGAAGAAAAAUCAAAGAAGAAACAAAUACAAGAUAAACUUGCUGUCGAACAUGGACGAGUCGUCAGAGCUGUUGAUUCGUUUCUUAAGGUACUCAAACGACAUAACAUAGAUAACAAUGACGAUAUAACACUAGAAGAAUUAGAGAACGCCUUUAAAGAUGAACAGCUGACAAAAGAAGAAAAGACUCUGUUAUUUGGUAAAGAUAUCGAUGUCCAUGAAGCUUUUCAAUUGUUGGAUAACGAUAAAAGUGGCCAGAUUAAAUACAGCGAGCUUAUUCAUUUUAUCGAAUCAACUGGUAUAUGUUUUCAGACCAGAUUUUUAGGUUAUCAGCGCAAGGACGUUAAAAACUUUGUGUCAUUCCUUGAUUCUCUGCAGUCAACUUUAUUAACAAACGUUAAGAGGAUUUAUGUGGAUGAGCGGGAUAUGGAGAGGACAGUGGGAAUUAAUACCGGCCAUAUUGGAACCACCGAUUUUAAGUGUGAAGAAGCUGAUCGCGAGUUCGUCGUUGCACGUGGUUAUAAUGCGACCAAAUCGUACUUACAAUAUUGCGCUGCAACACGUGAUCUUCCUAAAUCUUCUCUCCCUAAGUCAUGUUUGCCUGUAAUAGCUGAAGCUACCAAACAAGAUAAUGACUUACCGUAUGUUGACGCCAAUAAUGCUAUUAACGAGACGACCCAAUUUGUUCAGUAGAAUUCAGUGAUUCCCAAUCUUUUCCCAUUCGUGAACCCCUUUAACAAAUCCCAGCCCAUAAGGCAUCUGUAUGUAUUUUAUUCAUUAAAUUAUAUUAGGGACGUUCAGACUUCACAUAACAUAUUCACAUAAAUCUUUGAUAAACAUGUGCCAUAUUAAUCUGAUAAAAAUAUUUAAAGUCAUUCUGAUAGAAACCAAGAUGAUCGCCAUUCUGAUAAAACCAAGAUGAUCACACCAUUCCUAUUAAUGUGACCAAGCUACUGAAAUGCAUUGUCCGAAUAACAAUAAUUUAAUAUUGAAUUUUAAUUAGCUAUCUAUUAUUUCUCGAACCACCUCUUUUGCCGUGGAGGUCCUAAGGAUCCCUUUGAUUUUGCAGACCUCCCAGUUUAUUUCACGUACCUGAAGACCAAAACAUACCACAGAUCAUCAUCGACCAACAGUUGAAACUGUGACUUUUUUUUAAGCUAGUCGAUGAUGUUAGUGUUACUGCUUGUAAAUAUCGUGUUCGCGCGAUCAGAAAUCUCGUACGUUCAAACUUGAAUGCUAGAUUUUAAACGCGAUAAGCACUGUUGUUAGUGUUUUAAACUUUCGAUUAUACACCAACUUCACGAUUUCACGAUAUGUGUUCAUAGAAUUAAUAUUAUAGCCCACAUUAUUCACAACUUGUUAUUUGGUGAUCACCGUAAUCACGAUCAGUGAUCACCAAAACAGAAGAAAGCAGAAUACAUAUUAAAUGAUUAUCAUUCAACAAUAUAACAAGGAUUCAUUCGCUAUGUUGAUUUUAUGAAUAUAUUCGUCUUUUUAAAUUGUAUUGUGAAUUUAGUAUUGUACUAAUAAAAGGUAUACGUUCUAGUUUGGGAUACGUUAUGGCUGUUCCUAAGUUGUUUCUUCGGCUCAAAAAGCGUACUUUUUUGUAUCGUGUUUUAUGUUCUAUUUUUGUAUGGUAGUAAUACUGAACCUGUACCGCUAAAUAAAAUAGUAUUUUGUGC